AUGGGAAAGAAGAAAUCUACCGUUACUGAAACUGAGGGAAGUGGAAAAAUAAAGGCCACAUGGCCUGAUGAAAUAGUAGCAACAUUUUGUGAUAUAGCUGUUAAGGAAGUGGCAAAGGGAAACAGACCAGGUACUCAUUUUGAUAAAAAGGGAUGGUCUAAUGUUGUUGAAGCCUUUAAAAAGUUAACCGGAAGGGACUAUGAUAAAAGCCAAUUGAAAAACAAGUGGGAUUCGCUUAAAAAUGAUUGGAAAUUGUGGUGUUCUCUAAUGCAUAAGGAAACUGGUAUUGGAUGGGAUCCUGAAAAUCCAGAGUAUCGCAAAUUUCGCGAUGUGGGAAUUAGUCCUGACAUGAUGGACAUUUAUGAUAAUAUGUUCAAGGGUACCUCAGCUCUAGGCCAUUGUGUCAUGAUUCCUUCAGCUAGUAUAGAUGUUGAAGAGGUUGUGGAGGAUUCUGAGUUAAAUGUUAUUUCUGUCGAUGAUGAGGAGGAUCCUGAGCUAGGUAAUGAAGAAAGGGGGAAAAAGAGAACAAAUGAGGACAGACCAGCAAAAGGUAAUAAGGACAAAGGAGUUGUGAGAGGGCCAAAGGGGAAGAAAGGAAAGGUGGGAGGUGCAGUGAAAUUGUAUAAACAAAUUGAUAGUCUUGUUGAGGUAGUUGAGAGUAGGAGUACAGCGACAUCAGUUCAUACAAGUUCACAAGGAACUAGUAUUCAGGAGGUGAUGCAAGUUGUUGCAAGUUUACCAGGAGCAGAAACUGGUACCAAGCUGUGGUGGUUUGCAACGGAGUUGUUUUGCUCUCAAGAGAAGCGAGAGAUGUUUUCAGUUAUGACAGAUCCUGAUCUUAAGCUGCAGUUUCUGAUUCUUAAUCAGAAAAAGGUUGAUUCCACUUUGUAA